GGUGGAUGCAUUGGACCCACUGCCAAGAAGUGGUUGCUGUCCGCGUUUUAGCUUUCUCUCCAUCCCUCUGCUACAUGUAAUUAAUUGUAUGGAUCAUCAUGAAGCUCUUUGCAAUCCUUUGCUUCCAGUUGAUUGUCAGUGCCUCGGCGUCUCUCUUGCGGUUGCUCGAUAAGGAAGACGGCAAUGGCAAUCAUCGGUUUCUUGGAGGGAGCUCCACCUGUCCCGGCCAAGACAAUCCCUCGUCGUGGUGCUUGUAUAUCGGGGACUAUUCGAAGCCAAUUGGCGGUCAAACCUGCUACAACGAUUACGAUGUUGAUUGCUAUUGUGACACAGGCUACAUCAUGAGAAGCGUAAGCUAUGCCAGUGGUGUACGUUGUUGCUCGGAUAGCAGUGGAUCGGGCGGAGACGAUGGAACGGAUCAUUGUCGCCGGUACAGUGCAGUAGCCACCAAACGAAACUAUCGAACGUGCUUUGACAACUGGGACGACUGCGACUGUCCUUCGGGAUAUGACUAUUCGAGUUCGCGCAAAACCUGCUGUGCGCAACACGGGAACUUUGAUACGCAUUGUCAGCUCUUUUAUGGGCCGCAUGCCCAAGCCCAAAAUGUCUAUUGUCCCUGUCACGAGGACGAACAGUUUUGCGAGUGCAAGCCUGGAUUCCACCUCGACAACAACUAUUGUGUACCCAUGCCCACUGCUACCAAUGAACCAAAGACAUUUGGAGAUCCACACAUUGUCACUUGGCACAAUCAUGAAUUUGAAUACCAUGGAGAAUGCGAUCUCUUGAUGCUCCAUGCACCGACCAUCGGCAUGGACGUCCACGUUCGAACAACAAUCCGCUAUGACUACUCGUUCAUCAGCCAGGCAGCUGUCCGUAUAGGCCAAGAUGUCUUUGAAGUUGUCUCUUACGGAGAAUACAUGCUGAAUAGCAUUGACCUGGUGGAUUUGCCCGCCAAAAUGGGAGGAAACUAUGUCAUCACCAAACCCCCUAUGAAAGACAAGCGCAAAAUCAAGUACUUGAUCACCAAGGAGAACGGAGGUGUCAACAUUGAAUUCAUGACCUUCAAGGACUAUGUCUCGGUCAAGAUUCACAAUGGCACCAAGGCAGAGUUUGACGAUGCCACCGGAAUGAUGGGACACUACGAGACGGGGGAUAUGGUGGCCCGGGACGGAUACACUUCCAUGGAUGAUCCCGCUCUCUAUGGACAAGAAUGGCAAGUCCGACCAGAACGUGAUGGACAACUCUUUAGUUUGGCACGGGAACCGCAGUAUCCCCACCAGUGUCGACUUCCGUCGCCCAAUGCCGUCCAGGCUCGUGCACGAAGGCUGGGAGAGGUGGCCAUUUCCAAAGAGGCCGCGGAAGCAGCCUGCAGUGCGGUUUCUGAGAGCAUGAGGCCGCCUUGUAUCAAGGAUGUCUUGAAGACUCAAGACCUGGAUAUUGCAGAGAUAUACUAAGUUAGUUAAGAUCGAGAGCACCACAUAGAUAUACCAGAAGCUUUAUACAGUUCAUUCAAAAACAAUCAUUGUUUUGCUGCUGUUGCUUCCUAACCUUUGCUCUAUACUAUCGAGAGGAGGACUGUCAAGUCCGACUUGACAGGCAGCUUGCUAGGAUCCCACCUGCCAUACAUUCCUAUAUCGGCGACAUUAAGCAAGCAAAGAUCUCAUUUAAGCACUUCAGCAGUGGCAGUUUUAGUUAGCUAGCAAGGCAAGAAUAGCUCAGGAUUCUGGUUCUGCAAAGGAACUCCAAAAGAAACCCAGUAUUAAGAGCGCGAGAACAAUCGAAAUCCCAGAACAUUGUGCUUGGCUGAGUGGGAGUUGUUUGAAGAUUGGAAUCGAAUCAUUGGAAACUGGACCAGGGCACUGACCCCUCCCCCGCCGACAAGGUGUCUUACAACGACGCCAUUGUUGACAUCGUCCUCAUUGUUUUCAGGGCCCAGCCAUCCUUACUGCUUUACUGAUUGAUUCUGGAUUCUGUUGAGAGGUGGUACCGCCAAGCACGUCCUGUCCCUUUGAUUCCUUCCUUCUAGGUUUUGGCUGGCUCUAGCCAUCUGCUAUGCUAGCCAGAUAGCUGAAUAUCUGCAGCUUCUUGUCAAUCUGUACUUCUUUUUCUUUGCUUUAUGCCUUAUAUUCCGUACUCCCGUGGCUUUUGCAAGUUUGGCUGGAUGUCUUUUGUGCGGUUGCGUUGUUGCGUUGCAUUCUGCUGUUGGUUAUUACCUGGUACAGACUCAUGAGUAGAUCUAGCAACACCUAGCUAGCUACCGGUAGACUAC